AUAAAUAUCAUGACGUCCAACGCCCUUCCUCCAGCGUGUUCGCCCCAAUUCAUUUCCAGCCAUGAAGCCCACCCUCCUCCUCCCGCUCCUCUUCACCGCCGUGCACGGCUGGGGAACACUGGGCCACCAAACAGUAGCGCUGCUGUCGCAGCAAUACCUUCUCCCACGGACCAUCUCGAGUGUGCAAAGCCUGCUGAACGACACUUCGUCUACGUACCUGGGCAACAUCGCGCUGUGGGCGGACAGCUACCGCCGCGAAGUCGGCGGCGAGUUCUCGGCUGCGUUCCAUUUCGUCAAUGGAGAUGAUGCGCCGCCCCCAGAGAGCUGCGAGAUCAUCCUCCCGCAGGAUUGUCCGGAUGGGGGGUGUGUUGUCAGCGCUAUUGCGAAUUACACGGAGCGACUCAAGGACCAGCACCUCACGACCACGGAGCGGCAGCAAGCGCUGAAGUUCGUCGUGCACUUCCUAGGCGACAUAGCGCAGCCGUUGCACACCGAAGCUUUCGGCGCAGGAGCCAACAACAUCAGCGUGACGUUCUGGGGGUACACGACGAACCUUCACGCGGCGUGGGACACGUCGAUUCCGAACGCGAUGUUAGGUCUCGCGCCGACCGCCGCCAUCACCACGGGCGACAGUCUCGGCUGGGCGAACGGCCUGGCGGCCGCAAUUAACGCCGGGAAGUAUAGGCGCCUCGUGAAAGGGUGGCUUAAGUACCAUGAUGUGCAAUCUCCGAAGGCGGAGGAGAAGGCCGCUGCCGCCUGGGCGAACGAGAGUAAUGAUCAUGUCUGCGAUUAUGCCAUAGUUAGGGGAGGAGAUGCGUAUAAUGGCACUGAGAUCGGGGGAGAGUAUUAUGAUGGCGCCAGGGAGAUCGUACAGGUCAGUGUGGCUAAGGCGGGGGUCAGGUUGGCGGCUUGGUUGAAUCUGGUUUUUGCGGGCGAGACGGGGUUUGAAGGGUCUUGCAGGAGUUAGUUACUGCUAGAUGUAAUUGUACGGAGUACCUAAUCGACUCGCUGUUAUGUGUGUGUGUGUAAUACC